AUGAUAUCUCUAUCCUUUGAGGAGCGAGCCUAUGACCUGUCUGAUCUGCUAGCUUCACAGCGUGAAAGCUUAGUAACGGCCCUUAGCAAUGUCCCAGAAAGCAACCGUGUCUUUCUACUCGACGAGAAGCUCCGCGACCCUCUUUCUCUUAUUGCAGGUGACCUCUUUAAGGAUAACGAGGUCACGUUCUUGUCUACAGCCAUGAAGCCCAAUCCAAAGACAGAUAUAAACCUGGUAAUCGUUUUUGAUGGCGCUAAUGUACUGGAUGCCAUAUCUGGCGCCAAGAUGUUCCUGAAGGCCCGCCCAAGCAUCGCCUUGCACUUCCUAGUGACUCCGGCAUGCGAUCAAUAUGUCGAGCAGCUCAUAUGCGACACGGGCUUAUCCGAUCAGGUACAUACGCUCGAGGCAUUCUCCUACAACUCCGUCUUCCUGGACACCGAUGUCAUAACGCUUAAUCUGCGCUAUGGCUUUAAUCACAUGCUCUACCAGAAAAGCAUGAUUGCAGUGCAGCGCUCAGCCCAGGCCCUUCUUCAGAUUGUUAACACAACCGGCCUUUUCAGAAACAUUUACGCUAGGGGCCUCGAGGGUGUUCGAUGCCUUCGCUCAUUCUUGGCAGAGCUGAAGUCCAGACCUGCUCAAUUACUGGAGGGGGCCCAUAAUCGACAACCGCCUUUUGAACACGUAUUCCUCAUAGAUAGAGGCAUAGAUCUUCUAUCUCUAACCCUUGAUCCAUGGACAUACGAAGCCCUGCUGGCAGAAACCUUUUCUCUUCACAACUCUGCUCUCCAGACUGAUAAGGAUUCUGGCAUAACCUAUCUAAACUCUUUGGACCCCGUUUACAGGAGAUUGCGAGCUACACACAUAUCAAAAAUAAAAGACAAGAUAGAUAAGAUACUGGAGGAGCUCAAGGAGGUGGAACAGGAGAAGGAGCAAGCAAUAGCAGGGCGUGACAAUCUUUCUCUUCAGCAGAUCCGCUUGAUUAGAGAGAAGUCCAUUGUAGCGGAAAGGAAUCAAAAGUUCACUGAAUGCCACGUUGGGUUAGCUAAUAGCAUUUUGAAAUUUAUGAGCUAUGACCUCGGGCAAGCUUUUGUCUUAAAACGUGAUCUCUUUCGGGAAGGUGUUCUUUCCAAGCGGGUGCUAGACCACCUGCUUCUGCGAAUUAUGGAGAACGCGCCACUUGUCGAGAUCGUCCAGUUCUACUUAUUGAUCCUGAUCACCUCACAGCCAAAGCCCAAGGACCUCCAGAUCAUUCGUUCCAACAUAAGCGCCCGCUAUGGGGUUAGUGCCGACUUUCUUUUUGAUACACUUGAUGGGUCUGGAUUGCUGCCUGCUCUCACGUCCAAAUCAUGGUUCAAGGACCUCCGUACUGCCUACACUCUUUGGUAUGAUGAAGACGAGCACUCAGAACGGACCCACGGCGUGUCUGUUACUCACUACCGAGACAUCUCCGAUGUCUUCAAUAGCCGAGCACCUCUUUCUGUGCGGAUGGUUGAGAGAGAACUCAAGGCCAUUUUGUCCUCUGGUUCCGGAGAAAAUGCACUCAAGGGCAUUGCUAGAGGAGGACCCAGUGCUGAUCCUGCCCUAGAAAGCACCUCAGACGCUUCUAACAGUUAUCCAUAUGUCCCCGCGACCCGCGUCUGGGGAAUCAAAAGACCUUUGGAGGCAUGGAGCGGCAGCGUAGGAGAGGAUGUACGUCUCCACAAUGACCUAAUAGGCGAACAGCAGAGCUCCUCAGUGCUCGUGGUCUUUAUUGGCGGGGUGACGUAUGCCGAGUUGGCUGCCCUUUCUAUUCUUGAAGAGCAGCUUGUUAUGCAGUAUGGCCCGAGCGUCGGCAUCCUGACUAUUGGUACAGAUGUAGCAAGUGGUCGUGAAAUCCUGGAAAGCCUCGUUGAAAAGACACAUAAAACUGCUGAUGGCAGAAAGUGA